GUUGAAAAAAAACGCAGUCCUUCUGGGAGUAUCGGAAUAUAUUUUCUGAUCGAAUUCUUGGAAUAAUAUUGAAACUACAAUUCUCUCGGCAAGGAAACAAAAAUGUCUCGUCAAAAUACUCGCUUGGAUACAAAAAAAGUGUACCGCUUUUGAGAAGACGAAAUUGUGCAGGAUAGGUAAUAGAUAAGAACUAAGUGCACAAACGGAAUACGGCAGUCCACAAUGCAGUCGGAAGAUCACAAGGAAAACAUUAUUAUUAAAAUGGAAAGUGCAACGGAUCGAUCAACCACCGGAGGGGGAGCCAUUCAAAUUCUGCAACUGAACCAAGCUUUGCAGGACCCGAAUAAUCAGCAACUUCUUUUCCAAAGUUUGCAACAACAUCUUGGUGGAAACACGGCUGGCCAGCAGAUCCAAAUGCUACCCAUAAGUUCGUUAUCCGGUCAGAGCCUGGUGGUACCGACACCGACGGUACAGCAAACCGCGCAACCUCAAAUGUUGCAAUUCUCCUUAGACGGAGGACAAACGUUUCUGUACCAACCGGUACAGAUGUCAACUCCCGACUCCGUUCAGAGCAUCAAUAUCAAUGGAAACAUAGUUCAGAUUCCGAACCAAACGCUAGCAGCCACAACCAACUCGACCGCAACUGCUCCCGUUAUGAUGCUUACUGCUACAACGGAUCAGAGUGGAAUCACAACCGUUCAAAAUACACCUAAUUUUACACCGACCGUGCAGGGAACAGUCGUCCCGGUCAGCUCCAGCGCCCCUGUCGGCUCAAAUCCACCGGCACCGAUGAUUGCCAGUAAUUCCAACAUCGAAACCAUUCAAACCAUGGCAAGCGUGGAAUCCGAAGAGGAACCACUGUACGUGAAUGCCAAGCAGUAUAAGCGCAUUCUCAAACGUCGACAAGCGAGAGCGAAACUGGAAGCCAAGGGAUUGAUUCCGAAAGAGAGGCCAAAAUACUUACACGAAUCACGGCAUCGGCACGCGAUGAAUCGGGUUCGUGGCGAGGGUGGACGAUUCCAUACGAAUGGAAUGAAACAUGAGUCGGACUGAGUAUCAAGAUGCGCUAAUGGCGUCGGGUACCAUUUUCAAUGGUUAUAUUAUGUGUGUGUGUUAAGU